GACCAUUGAUUUAGAAGAAGUAGACGUCGCGUCGGUGCAUUGAAUUUGAAAAUGGAGUUGUAAAUUUUUUUAUUAUGUGUAAAUACAAGAAACUUUUUAGAUAUAAUGUAGCUCGAAAUCGGCAUAUUCAAACCUAACAUGUAUUAACAUAGAUUGGAUGGAUUAAUUUAAUAAAAUAGAAAUGACUUCCGAAUUAGAACCUAGAAAAGAGGAGCGUUUUCUUGUUCACUACCGUCUUAGUUUCAAGCAAGUUUGUCUCGUAACAGUUUCAUUUCCCUUUUUAGCACUGAUUAUUUGUUUUAUUAGUGCAUAUAUUUUUCAAUAUGAUGAUAUACAUGAAACUCAUUGUCGGGUCUUCAAUAUCGUACCAUCGAUAAGUGCGAUUACUGGAAUUAGUCCCCAACGUUAUAUCUGGAGAAUCAGUAUUGCCUUUCAUGUAGGACCAAGAUUAAUAAUUUCAGCUGUGUAUCGGGCAUAUCAUCUAACUUUAAUCAAUCCGUUGGCUCAAAAUGAAGUUCAACUGAAAGCACAAUUUUGGUUAAAUAUGGCUUUUUGGACAAAUGUGAUUGAAACUGGAGCUCUCUGUGGCGUUACUUAUAUAUCUAACAGGGAAAAUUACGCUAUACAUGAAAAAUUCUUCAUAAUAUUCAUGGUAAGCAGCCUCGUACAUAUGUUAGCUUGUAUAAAAGGUAUAAAAGCUGUGGGAGUGACAAGGAACAAAACUGAUGAUGAUUUGACAAAAUGUCUACAACUUAAACAAAAUCUUUUAAACAUUUCUUUAUUAAUGACAGUCGGACUUAUUGGAUUUUUUCUAGAACACAGACUACUAUGUCAUAGAAUGGCUUUCAGUAUGUUUGCUCUGUGCGAGUACAUCAUAGCAUUUGCCAACAUGGCUUUUCACGUAACAAUAAUAAUGGAUUUUCCAACAGAACAUUUCAUGGUUGCAACAAAAUUGAAUAACCAACAAGAAGAUGCGAAAAGUCUCUAAAAUUAGCAAUACACACAAAAGGUUGAACUUUUCACUAAUCAUUUGUACUUGGAAUCAUUUUGAAAAAAUGUCGAUUCAUUUUUUGAAAUAUGAUAAUAAAAAUUGGACAACUACAACUGAAGAGUGUUAUUACUUAGAUCAAUACAAACAAGUAUAAAUGGAUAUAGAGAGAGUAGGAUCUUCCUGCUACUAAAUGAAGAAACCUAACUAGAGGAGAUGCUAUAGUUGUCCCAGGAAUAUAAAUAUAGAGUAUUAACUGGAGACAAUAAUAUCAAUAACAUUAACAGGCAGUAUACUGCAAACUACUAUAUUUUGAAAAAAAAACCAUCCAGAUGGAUGUGUAACAAAAAUUAGUGAAAAGCACUGUAUUUAUUCAAUAACUGCUUCCAUAUGUAGACUGAUCUAAUCAAGAAAUUAGAUAACAACUAGAUAUAAUUUCAAUUGACAAAUGUUUAAAUAUGACUGAGGCUGUUCUUCUACAUCUAGUAACACUUUUUCAUCACAUUCGAAGCUUUCUAGAAUUUUUGGUCUUUCCAGUUUGAUAUGAACAGGUAACCUGUGCUAGACUUGAAGAACCAAUUUAUAAGUUGAAUGUAAUGGUACCAGAAAUUCCAACUGAAGUUUUAGUGAUUUGAUAAUAUAUUAAAACACAAAAUAUUACAGAUUAAACAUAGAAAAACAGCUGCCAAUCAACAAUAGUUGUUUAAAUAUUGCACAGCACGGUUUUUAAUGCAUAUUUUUCUCAGUAUUAUUCGAGAAAAAGUGUUUAAAGUUUUUAAUUCUAUUCAAAUUUAAAAUUAAAAAAAGUUUGUAGGUAAUACAGAUAUUUGGAACUUUCUACUAUUCUACUGACAAAGAAAAGUUUCCUGCGAAAAAUAUUUUUUUAAAUUCUAGUUUCACAUGCUUUUUUAGCAAAUUAGUCAUUAUAAUAAUACUAAAAUUCCGUUAUCAUUGUUUUUUCCCAUUAAAAAAUCAUUUUGACAUAGUAUUCGAAAUGUGUGACAGAGGGGUUUCACAUACAAAUAUGAUGUGUCUCUCUGUGCCGCUUAACAUUACAAUUUGAUCUUUCUCAAAAUCAAUCAAAGAGAAACUUUCAAUAUAAAAUUCUUUAUUGAAUUUACGAAAGAUUCUCAUUAAAAUGGUGUACACCAUAAGUGGGGAGCCUCUUUAGUAUUAGAGGCCGCUUAAGCUGAUUGCCUAUGAAAAUGAUUUUUGUGAAAUUAUUAUAGUUUUGUAUAGGUUUAAUCAAUUUAUUGCAUUAUAUAGAAUAAAUAAAAUGAAAAAUCGCAAAAUUACAGUAUAAAAUAUUUUUUGAAUCUCUUAGUGAUUUUUUUGACUUUGUUUUUUAUUUGAAAGUAAUUGCAUAUUUGGAUCAAGUUUUGUAACAAGUAGCUUUAAUUGAUCCUCUGAAUGUAUAGGGUGUGAAACACAAGAUUGUUGAUUUUUGGAUUAUAUAGGGUGUACCAAUUUUUCAGUAUCGACAUAAACUUUGGAAUUUUGAAUGGAACACCCUAUAUUUUAUUGCGUUUUUUCAUUUAGUGGUAAAAAUUUCAUGAUUCCGACAUAUUUGAUUCCCGCACGGUUUAGUAAAUAUUCAAGGUUAUAUAGAUUUUGGAAAAUUCUUGUAUUUGCAUAAUUCCACAAAAUAAAAAUGACGCUAACUGGUAUCAUUUCCAAAAUGAAUUUAUAAACACAAAACUCAGGUUUACUGAAUACCCCAUACUGGGCAUCUUUCUUUUAAUUGUAUGAGAUUGAAUUUUGUAAAUAAAAUCUCAUUUCACAUUUUAUAAAAAACCAUAUACUUUUAUUUUUUUUACAAAAUCUAAAAAUUUAUCACUUAGAUUGUCGAUAGAAAAGUAGAAUGCUUCAUUUGCAUUUUUUGAUAAUAAAGUUUGCACAUGUAUUUCCGGUAGAAAUAGACAUUCUUUAGAAUCUCUGAAAAAGUAAUGUGAUAUUCCUAAUAUUUCCUGUAAAUGAAAAUUGUUCAUCUCAUGCCAAAUAUGAUUACAAAUUCUUAACUAUAUCUCCAUUUUUUUUUCGGUUCAUGUUUCCAGGAUUGUAUUCUCAUAUAUACUAAGCGGUCCAUUCAUAAAUUUACCUAAGCAGUACCUAUAUCAGUAUUAUUAAUUUGAAUCAAAUAUUUGUUCUUUAAUAAAUGUGAUAAUAAACAGUAGUGUUGAAACUUUCCAAAACACAAUGUACAGUUUCGAUUUCCUGAGUUACUUUAUAAUUUAUAAAAUUUUGAAAAGUUCCUAUAUGUAACCAAUGUCAUGCUAAACGCACUGUGUACUACUAUUACAUAAACAUAAUUAAGACUGUCUGAUCCUUCGAGCAUUCAAUGGGUCGUUAGUUCACAUCCGGCUCGAAGGACCAGGUGUUGUAGUAGUAAUCAGUAUGUUAAUUACCAACGUUUUCAGAAAUUUUAACUUAGUAGCAGUUUUAUCAUAGAAAAAUAAUGUAAGCACAAAGUUACUUAAUUAUCAUACACAGAAUUUUUACUAUUGUUAAAAAUAUUUGUUUUUCAGUAUAAACUAAUUAUUUUUUAUUAAACACUGGAAUAUAAAAAUUGACUUCUUAAUUUAUAAUAAAAACUGAAAUUUUAUUUCAAAUUUCAUUUUUUAUAUCAUAGAAAUUGUUUCUUGUAUUUCUGGUCAUUUUUGUAGUAAAAGUAAUAAAUUAGAAUUAUUAGUA